GCGCAGAGACUCAGGAGGGGAACAUGUGAGCGGGGCAUGGGCGACUGGGAGCAGGAUUAUUGUUCAGCACAGCUCAGAGACGCAGGAGGGACGCGGACAAGGACAGACACGGGGACACAGUGACGGACCCGAGGAGAUUUCCCCCCUCCUCCCUCUCCCUUCUUCAAUUUUUACGCACCGGAGAGAAAUCGGCGGACUGUUGCGUCUCCAAGAUGAACACCAUCGUGUUUAACAAGCUGAGCAGCCAGGUCCUGUUCGAGGAGAAGGCGAAGGAGGUGGAGAUGAGCAGCAGGAACUACCUGGAGGUGAUGGACGGCCAGCAUCCCGACCUGCUGACCGGCAACCAGAGCAUCAUCAGGGACAGCCAGGCCAUCCGGCACCGGCGCAGCGGGGGUCGUCCCAGCGGCGGUAAAGUGCGACACAAGCGCCAGGCCCUGCAGGACAUGGCGCGGCCGCUCAAGCAGUGGCUGUACAAGCACAGAGACAACCCCUACCCCACCAAGACGGAGAAGAUCCUGCUGGCGCUCGGCUCGCAGAUGACCCUGGUGCAGGUAUCCAACUGGUUCGCCAACGCCCGGAGACGGCUGAAGAACACGGUGAGGCAGCCGGACCUGAGCUGGGCGCUCCGGAUCAAACUCUACAACAAAUAUGUGCAGGGCAACGCGGAGAGGCUGAGCGUCAGCAGUGACGACAGCUGCUCAGAAGACGGGGACAACCCUCACAGAGCGACACAGAGCGGCCCGGAGGAGCUCACCAAGCCCAUGUACCAGAGCGUGAUCAAGAAGGAGGGCUCGUCCAUGGUGGGCAUGACCAUGGGCAUGGGCGCGGGGCUGCGCUCCGCCGCCGAGGCGGCCUCCCUGGCCGAGGACUACGUCUCCCCGCCCAAGUACAAGAGCAGCCUGCUGCACCGCUACCUGAACGACUCCCUGCGCCACGUCAUGGUGGCCAACGCCGUCAUGGACGCCCGCAGGAGGAACCACUCCGGCUCCUUCAGCUCCAACGAGUACGACGACGAGCUGCUGUCCCCGUCAUCCUCCGAGGCUGAGGCGAAUUUUGUUUACCGGGCUGAAUCCACGGAGCACGGAUUGAGUAAAUGUGACAACAGCGGUGGCGUCGUAGCUACGCAGAGGGAGAAGGUGAAGGGCAAAGACGAGACGUACUGGAAGGAGAUCAACGCCGCCAUGGCCCUGACCAACUUGGCGCAGGGGAAGGAGAGCGUCUCCGGGACGACCAGCUGCAUCAUCCAGAAGUCCUCCCACAUUGCGGAGAUCAAGACUGUCAAAGUGCCCCUGCUGCAGAAAUACUAGCUCUGACGUCACCCUCCCGUCCCUCUAUGCAAACCAGCAAACAUUCCUCACUCCGUAAAGCUGCCAUAGUCCAAAUAAACUCCCCCCC